UCGCUCCUAAAGUUGAAUCUCAGUGUUACAUUAUGGCUUCUGCCUUUGUGAUCGGAUUGGGGGCUGCUACAGCCGCGUUUCUGGGUCGAGCCGGCUAUGUUGCCCUUCGUCGUUACCAGGGGGGUGUGAAUGCUGUGGGCAAGGCGUACUACAAAGGAGGCUUCGAACCCCGCAUGACUCGUCGUGAAGCAGCAUUGAUCCUCGAGCUUCCCGAGCGAACCCUUACCAAGGACAAGGUCCGCAAGAAGCACCGUCAAAUGAUGCUGCUCAACCAUCCGGAUCGCGGUGGAAGCCCGUACCUGGCGACCAAGAUCAACGAGGCGAAGGAGUUCCUUGACAAGCAAACCUAGAUUUUCCACCGUCGGCGAGGUCGUCUCUGCGGUCAGUCUGACGGUGAGAGCGUCAGGUUGACGGGGAAUGACGAUGGAUACCAGUGUAUCAUGUAUGUAUAAGAGAGGUUCUUUUGGCGCAUAGCGUGGCGUUGGUUGGUUUGGUUCCCCCGAGGAUGUUCUACUAUCUUGCGUGUUCUGAAGAUACUUGUCCUACGACAUCCCCACUCUUGAUUUUCGCUCGUUCACAAUAUAACUAUAACAACUCCAUAUAUUUGACAAGUUAUCAGCUUUGGCGAUAUCCAUUGCCUAACCCGAGUACACAUUAUGUCCCUCCUUCAAUGAGUUUCAAUCACCUAUUAGUCUCUGUGCCACUGUAUCACUUGCUGCUUUGUUCUAUCCGACACGUCGAUAUAGUAUACCGCCCAAUUCUUAGCAGUACAAACAGUCAGUCUUCCUUCAUUAGACGAUA